AUGAACAGCUCGGGUUAUUUGCCUUUUGACGAAGCCUAUCAUAUCUAUUCGUCCUUUUUUGCAUGCGAUCCAGACAGACAGGCUUUUAGAGACAAACUCCUGGAUCCUUUCUAUGGCUUGAAUGUUUACAUAAUUACACAACCAGGCAUCACAGGCAAGGUCUUUAUAGUUUUGAAGGAAAACACCGAAAUGGAAGCGUUUUUGGUCGAAUGGUUUGCUGGCAUGUUUGAGGAGGAACGAUAUGAAAAUGAUAUGAAGAAGGAACUUCAUACCCUUGAUUGUUCUACUGUGCAAUUGCUCUUAAAAAGCAUGGAUACAGAGUUUGACAAAAACGUGUUAAGAAGUGUGCUUGCUUUGUCUCAUUCCCGUCCAGAACUGUACGACCUUGGCAUUGAUGCAUCCUCAGCAAAGCAACGUGUAAACAAAAUAAUUGAAGCGGCAAAAGAAUGUGAAAAUGCAUUGAUUGCCGGUGAGGAUCUUGUACGUAUUCAUCUUCUUGAGAAACAAGACAAGUUAAAACGGGAAAUGGUAGAAGCAAGUAACACGCUGGAGAAGAAACGAAAUGUAUGGCCAGAAAAGAGAGUUGAAGAUCUGGAAGACUCCGUCAGAUCAAUUAAGGAAAAACUUAAUGACAUAGGAAGUCAGUUGAGUAACGAAGAUACAUCUGCAAAAGAGAAAACAAGAAGAGCUGCCAAAAGACGUGCAGAAUCAUUGCUUAACGAAAGUCGUAUUAAACAAAGGAAACUUGGUGCAGGAAGACCUGGUGAAAUUGAUGAAGAUGAAGAAAGGUUCCUGUUGAAAGCUAUUGAGGAUAUGUCAACUGUGCACGGAAGAAGACAUGACACUGUAAUGUACUUGCAUCACCGAGUAAAAGCUAAAGACAUGCUUAAAAUUGUAAACUACAGAAGAGGAACAAAAGGGAAAAAAACGCUCAAAGCGGUGUCUACUGUACUUGCACGUGGAAAGCCAAAACGUAAACAUAGUAUUCAAGCUAAGAGACAUUUAGGUCAAUCGUUGUUCUGCUGCAAAAAGCCACCUAAGACAGAAGACAACGAAACUGAGCCAACUCAUCACCAACGGGCACAUGUAAAGAAUGUAAUUGAAGAUUUUUGCUACAAUGAAGAGGAUAGAAAGUAUGCUUUUAUAAAAGGAAUGGACGACAAGGCCUAUGUUCGUCCCGGUACGUCAGUUGGCUUACGAGACGUCAAGAGGGCGGGAAUCUACCAACCAAGCGAUUCAGAUGCGGCUAGAAAGCUUCCUAAGUACGACUGGGUAAAUGAAGAAAUUUAUGUCACUCCUUCAACACAUCGAAUCUUUACAAAAAAGCCCAAAAAAGUCGGAAAUAAGGAGGCAUAUGUCAUGACUGACGAUGAAAGUUUUGUUUUUAUGCGACCAAAAGCACAUGUGGGAAGCAGUGGAACAGUUUGGUCAUCAGAAGUCUAUGUGCUUCGAGCAAAUAGACCGGAUUUGCACCAAGUUUCAGAAUCCAGUUCUGAUUAUACUAUCAUUUUUUGCAGCUACUGCACAAGAAUAAAAGAUAAGGUGAAACAUUUCAUUGAGUCAACAAUGAAGGCAGAUGUGAUGGCCGUCAACUCGCAACCAGAUACAUGUCCAUUUCAAAUCUACGAAGAAAAGCGCCUAACACAUACGUCAGAUUAUCUUGAAAAAGCAGUUGAUAUUGUUAAUAUUACAAAGAUGACACCUGGUGAGGGUCAACUGUGUGGCAGGGUUCAAAAGAUGGUCCAGUCAGUUUUGUUUUCAAUGAACAACCUGGCUAAAAGUGCAAACACUGGAGUGCAUCUUUGGAAUGAAUACCAAAUCGUUAUCAAAGAAUGUGACAGCAUUUUGCAACUAUUUGCAGAUCUAAAACUACCGAAGGCUAAGCCACGGGUGCUAGAACUCACUGAUGCUGGUCCAGGAGUGGGAUGCAAUAAUGGCGCAGUUCAGUAUAGAAUGGCAGAAGCAAUUCUUAUUCAUGGUCAUGACAAAGUAGUCCAGGUGCACAGAGGAAGAGGGGACAGUGGACAAAAUGAGGCAGAACGAACAAAUGCUGCAAUCGGUGACGCACUGGUCACAGGCGAAACACUUGACUGGGAGUACCAUAAAAGAUUUGAGAACAUGAGUACAGAUGAAAUUGAAGCGCUAUCUCUUCAAGAGUAUGAGCAUAUGGAGGAAGAAAGGAUGAAAAAAAAAUGCAUGGAGAGCAGCUGCAGAAUUAGCAGAGAGAGUGGAUGGAGAGCCAGCUCCAAGCGGAUUCCUAACGUGCAAUGUAACCCCAAACGAAAGACAGCAAUUUCUUUGGACAAAAGCUACUUGGAGAAAUACAUCUCUAUAAAAUCGGAAUCAGGAAGAUCGAACACACCAGGUUGUGGUUAUUAUAACAAACUUGAACGUUUCUGCCAGCUUCACUUUAAGAGAGGAGAGCUUUACAUUGAGUAUCUAAAAGGUUCGUGUGAGGAAAUCGGAGAACUGUGUGACUUCUGCAGAGUGUGGAGUGGUCCAAAGACUGACUACGUUCCAAGACCAUACCCAAACUACGCAGAGACUGGGUUUCACUACCUGCCAGGAAGACAAACUCCGGUACGUGAUGAAGAAGGGAAUAUCCGCGCUAUUGACGAUUUUCAACCUCGAGCAGCUCUAAAAAACUUCACCAGCUCCAAAUGA